CAAGAAGCAAGAACAAAUGAGAGACGAAUAGCCAUCUAUAGCGGCUUUUUUCAGUUAUUAAGUUAAAAUUUAAUAAUAAUUAUAAUUAUUGUGUAAUAUUUAAAUUUUAAAUAAUUUAGUUUAUAGAAGAAAUGACCAUGAAUGAAGAAUUAAAAGAUGUUACUAAAUCAAUUGAAAAUGCUGAAGCUGAUGUAAGAAUAUUGUCCAAAGAAAUAUCUGCACUGAAUUCAAUAAUUAAUCAUAAUCUAGAAGGACUUGAAGAAGUUCCAGAAGUUAAGAAAUUAUUAACAGAAAAUAUGAAAUUAAAACAUAGAUUAGCAGUAUUAAAACGGGCUGUCGAUGCUGAAGAAAUUCGAAGCAAGGAACGUAAACUAGACACAAACCGAUUACCAAAUAUUGCAUUAAUUUUGGAAGAUAUAUUUACAUUAAGUAUACAAAAAAGCUUUCCCGAUUUAGAAAAUAUACCAGUACUUAUUGCUGUUUCAAAUAAUAAUCCAAAAUUUGGAGAUUACCAGUGUAAUUCAUCAAUGGCUAUUUCACAAUUAUAUAAAGCAAAAGAUAUAAAAACUUCGCCACGUGAUAUAGCCACAAAAAUUGUAGAAAAUACACCACAAAGUCCCCUAAUAGAAAAAUUAGAAAUCGCCGGACCAGGAUUUAUAAAUAUAUUCUUAAAUCGAUCGUUUGGGGUUACAUGUUUAACUAAUAUUUUAAAGAAUGGUCUGUUGCCACCGGAAAUCGACCGAAAAAUUCGAGUAAUGGUAGAUUUUCCAUCACCAAACAUUGCUAAACAAAUGCAUGUUGGACAUUUACGUGCAGCCAUAAUUGGUGAAAGUAUAUCACGCUUACUUGAAUAUUUAGGACAUGAUGUGUAUCGUGUGGACCAUAUUGGGGAUUGGGGUACACAAUUUGGUAUGUUAGUUGCACAUUUGCAAGAAACUUUUCCAGAUUAUUUAAAUGUUUCACCGCCUAUCGAAGAUUUACAAUCAUUUUAUAAAGAAUCAAAAAAACGUUUUGAUUCUGACGAAGAAUUCAAAAAGCGAGCGUAUGAAAGCGUGGUGAAAUUGCAAGCAUAUGAACCAAAUUGUUACAAAGCGUGGCAAUUAAUCUGUGAUGUAUCCCGAAAAUAUAAUCAUCAAGUGUAUAAACGAUUGGGUGUACGAUCUGAAGAGACUGGAGAAUCAUUUUAUCAAUCUCGUAUGGAAGCAAUUGUUAAGGAAUUGGAAGCCGCAGGAUAUUUGGAGGAAGAUGAAGGACGGAAAAUUAUGUGGGGUACUGACCCAAGACCAACAAUUCCUAUGACAAUUGUUAAAUCCGAUGGUGGAUUUACAUAUGAUACGUCAGAUAUGGCAGCGAUUAAAUAUCGUUUAAUCGAACGAAAUAUGGAAUGGAUUAUCUAUACUACAGAUGUUGGACAGGCAACACAUUUUCAAGUAUUAAAAAGCUGUGCGCAACGUGCAAAAAUCUAUGAUCCAGAAAAGCACCGAAUAGAUCAUGUAGGUUUUGGUGUUGUACUUGGUGAGGAUAAAAAAAAAUUUAAAACACGAUCGGGUGAAACAGUACGAUUAUCAGAUUUAUUAGACGAAGGUAUGAAACGAUCGUUGGAUAAAUUAUUGGAAAAAGGACGUGAUAAAGAACUAACGCCAGAAGAAUUAAAAGCAGCGCAGGAAGCUGUUGCUUAUGGUUGCAUCAAAUAUGCCGAUUUAUCACAUAAUCGUAUUCAUGAAUAUGUUUUUUCUUUCGAUAAAAUGUUGGAAGACAAAGGUAACACUGCUGUGUAUUUGUUAUACGCGUAUACACGUAUUAAAUCCAUAGCAAGAAAUGCUAAUUUAACACCAGAACAAUUAAAAGAAUUAUCACAAAAGACGUCAGUGUCGUUAGCCCAUGAAAAAGAAUGGAAAUUAGGGAAAGUAUUACUACGUUUCCCAGAGGUAUUAAUCAAAAUUACCAAAGAUUUAUACUUACAUCACUUGUGUGAAUACGUCUACGAAAUUGCAACGACAUUUACGGAGUUCUACGAUGCAUGUUAUUGUAUUGAAAAGAAUACCGAUGGCAGUAUUAAAAUUGUACAUUAUGAUCGAAUAUUAUUGAGUGAAAUUACUGCUCAGAUAUUAGCUCAGUCUUUUUAUAUACUAGGGUUAACACCAGUGUCUAGAAUGUAAUCGAACUUUUUGGGCAAUGAAAACGACUAUCGAUUAUAAUCGAACGAUCUGUGAAAAGUUGUUUAUGUAGGAACAAAACGGCUUCCGAACAAAAAUUUGU